AUGUCGGAAUCUGAGGACGACUCGUCGGCGUCCACCGUCGCCUCACCACAAUGUUCGCUGCACUCCUCAGAAGCUUCUUCACCAGCGUCAUCGCGAGCUUCAUCACAAGCUUCCUCAUCACCAUCGUCACCGACCGUAGUAUUGCCUAAAUCGCCGAUCAAAAAGGACUUGACCGUCAAGCGGCCUACCCUGGUUCAUCCGUCAACUGCUGUCAUGGUGACCACGGCCAUUAAGUCGUUGAAGGACAAAAAGGGGUCCACUUUGCCCUCGAUCAAGAAAUAUAUGGCCGUCAACUAUCAAGUGGAUUCGGCGAAAUUGGCCCCAUACAUCCGCAGAUACCUGAAGUCAGCCGUCACCAAGGGCGAGUUGAUUCAGACCAGCGGUACAGGUGCCAACGGCAACUUUAAACUGCCAGCCGUCGAGAAAAAGCCCGCCGCAAAGAAGAAAGCGGGUGUCCCCGUCAAGAAGAAAACUGAAGCGAAAAAACCGAUCGCCAAGAAGACAACACCCACCGCGACAUCCGGCAAGCGGAGAUCUAUCGAGGGGACGACGACGAAGUCCACCACCACUACUGUGUCGAAAGCUAAGAAACCCAAGAAAGUUUUAACGGAAGUUGUCAAACCCAAAGUCAAGAAGACGGUUGAGGUGGCCGCAAAGGCUUCUCCGGCCAAACCGAAAAUUUCAAAAUCCGUCGCCAAGAAAGCAGCUCCAACGAAAAAAGCUGCGCCCAAAAAAAAGUAA